CACGUGAUAACGAGGGGGCGGGUAUAAGACAGUAUUUGAAAACACAAACAGUUGUGCGUAUUUGUUUCUGCGUACUGUCUUAUAUUACUUUAUAGUGGAAGACCAGUCGUUGAAUUUGGAAUUAUAAGUUAUGGCAACAGCAACGUCUCUUAUGGAAGAACUCGUUUGUUCUAUCUGUUUAGACACAUUUGAUGAUCCCGUAAUGUUGGACUGUAGCCACAACUUUUGCAGGGCCUGCAUAUCUCACUUUUGGCAGGAUUCGGCUGAGAGUUUAUCUUGCCCACAGUGCCGGAGAAUCUUCCCCCACAUUAGUUUUAAAGAUAAUCGGAUACUUUCUAAUAUGGCAGAGAAGAUACGAGACCUAAGUGUAGCACGGGAACUGGUUCCAAAAUCCAUGCAAAGUCGGGACUGCCUGAGACAUCAGAAGCAACCCUUGGCAGUAUUUUGUGAAUCUGACAAGCAGUUACUGUGCUGGUCCUGCUCACAGGAGUGGGAGCACACAGAUCAUAGCCUGUUACCCAUUCCUGUCGCUGUGCAGACGUAUAAGGAUAAGAUGACAGGCUUGCUAUUUCUUCUCAAGGAGAAGAGUGACUUGCUCCAUCAAUCCAGUUUCAUGCAGGGAGAGGCCAUUGAACAGAUUAAGAACAGCUCAGAUAAUUUGGUUCAGCAUGUGAGGUCCCAGUUCACAAAGUUGCACCAGUUCCUGACCAGGAAGGAACAACAACUAAUUCAGGAAGUGAAGGAGCAGGAAGAGUAUAUACUGUUUCCAAUGAGAGAAGCAGUCCUGAAGUAUGAGAGAGAGAUCUGCUUAUUGCAGCAGGAGAUGGAGAAGCUGCAGGCCUUGAUCAAGGAGCAGGAUGAUAUAGCCUUUCUAAAGGACCUGCAAACAGUGUCUGACAGUAGUGUUCUGGAGCUUGAAUCCCCUGAUGUUUUAACUGGAUCUGUUUCUCUGGGUGUUUAUGAUGAUUUUCUGCACUUUGCUGUGUGGCGGGAGAUGCUGGUAGCGUUUGAUAAAGUUCCAGAGCACUUAACUCUGCUUACUACACCAGCUCAUUCAGACCUUGUCGUAUCUAUCGAUAAAACCAGCGUAAGACAUGCUGGACCGCAGAAACAAGUCCUCUCAGGGGCCCCUGAGGCUCUGUGGCCUUCGUUGUACAUCAGAAGUACUGAAAGAUUCCAGUCGGGAAGACAUUUCUGGGAAGUGGAUGUGGGACAGAAAACGGAAUGGGCAGUGGGUGUCAGCAUUUACAGUGGUGAACGGAUCACCUCUGAAAAGUCACUUUGGAAGAACCUUUUAACUGAAGACAAACAUGUUCUUAUGCUAAAAAAUAAAAAGUACCACAUAGAAAGUUAUACUUCUACUAUUCCAGUAUCUCUUAGUACAAGUCCAACUCGGAUUGGAGUGUUCUUGGAUUAUGAAAGAGGAAAAGUGACAUUUUAUAACACUGAUGACAUGUCAGUUAUUCAUGUAGCACUGAGUAGCUUCAGUGGUGAUAUUUAUGCAUCCUUUAAUCCUGGUGUGAACUCCGUUCAGAAUGCUGCACCUUUACAUAUCUGUUGCUACCAACACCCGAGUGCUUCUUGAAUGCUCAUGGUUGUGAAUAAUUGCACUAGACUGAGUACUAACUGGUAAUCCUUAGAGAUUUGCAGAACUUAAAAUGUCACCAUCAGUAACCACUGUCCCUCACUCUUCAGUUGAACUUUCAAAAAUUCCAAAGUAUCUCUCCCUUUCUUAAAUUGCACGCAGAGUACCUCAUUUAAAAGACCAAUAUAUUAUUUUUCACAUCCCUUCUAAUACUUAGAAGUUUACAGGUCCAACACAGUAAAGCUACCCAACAGGUUGUCAGAUAGAAAGGCCAGGACAGGUCAUUUCCCUUCAUACGUCUGAAGGUUGUGCAGUCUCAUAAAAAAUUGUACUUGCCCUUGGCUAUGGUUAUUAUUUCUAAUAAUUCAUAUUCAUUUCCAGUCGCUAAGGUUAGUCUUUAGUCUUUUCUUCCAGCACAAAGCAGAAUUUUGGGAACAGGCACUUGUUUGCUCGAAAGUGUGAAAUAAUGCAUGUGAAUAGCAUGAGCUCAGGUUUGCCUUGCAUUUGGACAGUUACUUCUCUAAGUCAUACAAAUAGGGAUGUAAUACAUCGUAAUGAAAUAAUUUGUAUUGGUGCAGAUUGAUCCCUGAUAGUGUGUCAUUGCCUCCUAAUAUAGCAAUUACAUUUCUGUGAACAUCAAAGCAUGUGACUGAUCUAAAACACUUUCUUAAUAGAAUAUCCUGUAUGGUCAGAUUCCAGAAUGUCAUUUAUUAGCUUUGCCAUUUACAGCAUAUUCAUAACUUCAGACUAAGUACUAUUAUCAAUUACUUAUGUAUGUAUGUAUUUAUAACCUUAGCCCUGAUCUAACGAGCUGUACUGGACUCAUUGCAGAGGACCUCCUCUAACCACAAGACUACAGAAUCUGCUAUAUCAAAAUGUUUGUAUCAUUUCAAGCUAGUUGUCCAGCAUGCAGUUAGCAUUUAAUUCCACAAGGACAAAAAAAAAAAAAAAAAAAAAAUUGGAACACUAUGGAGGCUUAAAAAAAUUCACUCUGUGAUACUUGUAUUUAUCUGGUUCCUAGUUUCAUGGGGUGCCAGAGUUAACCCAACACUCUGUGGCACAAGCCAGACAGACUAAUUCCGAAUAGGAUGUCAGCCUUUUGUAGAACACUUAACUCAUUAGUGACUCUAAGCUGAAGAAUGUUGCACCUCAAGCAGCGUAUUUUCUGAACAAAAUCUAGUUAAAAAAGUAUGCAACAGACAAAUGUAAUUAUUUUAUAAAUAGAAAAUGCUGUUAAAAAUGUAUAAACUAAUCUACAAGUAAACAUCUUUAAAAUGUUACUAGUCAGUGCAUUCAGUCUUUACAGUGGUACUACACAAACAUUGAACUGUAUUUUUCAGAACUUUUCAUAUAUGUUAAAAUGCAGAUCCUGGAUGUACAUAUAAUGUUGGAACAUUUUUCUUCUGCUAGAUUUGAGCUUUGACAGCUUUUCAUGCGUUUGGAACUGUAUACCCUAAGCAUAUAGUUUUGGGACAUUUUUCUUCUGCCAGAUUUGAGCUUUCACAUGAUAGCAGGAAAUUCCUUUCUGACUCCUUGGUUAAAGAUAUUUAUAGAAAGAUUAAGAAUUAAUUGUUUAACAAAACAAGGACCACAGAAUAACUCUCUAGAUGUACAAUUCACAGUGCUAAAGUCAGCGACAGGUUUUAUUCAGGAACAUACAAUGUUUCACCUGAUGUUAUCCAAUAAUUUGUAAGUCAUUUGGUUGUGAAAAUAUUAAUGUAUGCAUGAAAGUAUUGCGUAUCUUCAUAAUUACUUGCAGACCACUAGCAAUAUCUCAUUUUGAUUUCUCCAAGUCUUUUGGGUUUCUAAUACCAUGAAGGGAAUGAAUCCCAUUCCUAAGUCAGGGUAUGAUUUAAAGUUCAUGAAAUCAGUAGUGUUUCAUUGUCAUCAGCCAAAAGUGCUCUUCUCAGCACUGACAAGGUGCCCAGAAUUUGCUCCUGCAAUGCAUACGGAGUUACAUGUAUCAGUAGCACGUUUAAAUACAACUGUAAAUUCUUUUUUUAUGAGACUCAUUGCUCCUCGUACUAUUGGAACUGUCUGUGUAUCCUUCCACAUUGUUGCCAUUUAUGCAAGCAAAUGCUGGUAUUUUAUGACUUUGUGUUUCUCUGUACAUAAGGCACUGUAAUCACUUUGUGUAGCAAUUUCAGUGAUCUACACUCCUUUUGUCUUUUCAGUGAUAACUCUGUCUGGUUUUCUUGCAUCUGUUUUCUGUAUUGUUAAUGGAUAAUCCCAUGUGAAUAAACUUCACCAUUCUCUA